AUGCGUCUGUUCGCUAUCAGAAUACCAGACACCCCUCUCGACCCUGCGGCCUUUGACAAGCUUGCAACCCUCGUUGAACCGCCAGCAAGGGAGCGGCUCAAGCGGUUCAGACUACCUGAAGACGCGCUUCGGUCUCUGGUCGCCCGCCUCACUGUCACUUGGUACCUUCAUACCCAGGGGCUUCUCGCGCUCGGGCAGCUCCCUGUAUUUGGUAGAAAAGGCAAAGGAAAACCCACCCUGUCAGUUCCUACGCUGCAGCCUCGUCUCGAGUUCAACAACACUCACGAGGGGUCGUACAUCCUCUUUGCCACUCUCGUCUCUUCUUCACCUCUUGCCUGCGUCGGCAUAGACAUUAUGCUUCACCCGGAAGACCCUUUCCCAACUCAAGAAGGGAUAAGCGAGCAGCUCACGCUUCUGGAACGACAAUCUCUUGCCAUCCCGCUCACCCCUAGAGAACGGUCGCAAAGAUUGACAAAACUCUGGUCGGUCAAAGAGUCAUACACGAAAGCCAUAGGGGAGGGCAUCACAUUCGGCCUCGAACGGAUCGAGGUCGAGCUUGAAGGGCCUGGGGAAGGCAAAGUGAAGACGGUCAGAGUUGACGGAAAGGAUGUAGGUGAGAGAGGUUGGGAGUGGCGGCAGAAUGAUCUGGGAGAGGAUUACGGGUAUGCCGUCUGGUGGCGUGGGGACGACGCGGAAGAUACAGGGGAGGCCCAAAUGGAGCAUGUAUCCUGGGAGGAGUUUAGCGGGCCGUUGUUAGACCUGGCUGACAAGCUAGCACAGUAG